UACGAGCGCAGUCGCAAAACGGCAAUCGCAACGCUUGGACGUGUCGCGAACAGCACGAAAAAAAUCAGAUAAAGCGAAUUCGUAUAGCCCGCUGAAUGUGCCUCAAACUGGGAUUCGCCAUGCAACGCUUUCUGCUGGCCACUGUGCUCUGCUGGCUGCUCUGUCAGCUGCCUGGUGGCGCCCAGUCAUCUGGCCUGCAGGUGAUGAAGCAAUGGAAGCUGCUGCGCUACAACUUUCCAAAGCAGAUGCGGGCCGGCGAUACGAACUUUUAUAAUCCGGAAAAUGUGCUCAUCACGGGCAUUGCCGUCACGGCUGAUCGCAUUUUUGUGGCCACGCCGAAGCUGUUCUCGGGCGUGCCAUCGACUGUCAGCUGGGUGCCAAAGGACAAGAUCGGGGACUCACCCACGCUGCAGGCAUUCCCCGACUGGUCCUUCUCGAACACAGCGCGCACGAACUUCAACUGCAGCGAUUUGAUUCUCACCUCGGUUUAUCGCCUGCGCAUCGACUCCUGCAAUCGCCUGUGGAUGCUCGAUGCGGGCAUCUCGCGUUCCCUGGAGGAUUACGAGCCCACCUGCCCGCCCAAGAUACUCGUUGUCGACCUGAGCACGGAUCGCGUCGUGCGUCGCAUUGACUUCCCGCCCGAAGUGCUGCGCGGUGAGACCCUGUUCACCAACAUGGUCAUCGAUGAGACGACGGCCACGUCCUGUGACGACGUGUUCAUCUACAUCACGGAUACCGUAGAACCGGGCAUUAUUGUGUACGACAGCGGCAAGGAUGUCACCUGGCGUGUCUCGCAUCCAGCCAUGUAUCCGGAUCCGGACUUUGCGCAAUCCGAGAUACUCAACGAUCGCUUUGUGCUGAUGGACGGCGUUGUGGGUCUGACAUUCGAUGAGAAAAAGGGCAUUGUAUACUUCCAGCCACUGGCCACAGAUCGCGUCUUCUCGGUGCACAAGGACGUGCUGCGCAGUGGACCGCUGCCCAAUGGCCAAAUGCUGGACGUCAAGCUGGUGGGCAAGAAGUCGUCGCAGGGCAUUGGCUUGGCGGUGUCCCCUUAUGACAGCAGCCUGAUCUUUAGUCCGCUCACUGAGACGGCCAUUGCCUCCUGGAAUCCGGCGACCAAUCAGCAAGCUGUCCUAGCCCAAGAUGUCGACCGGCUGCAGUUUGUGGCGGACCUGACCACGACACGGGCUGAGCCGGGCGUCGUCUAUGCCAUAUCCUCGAAGUUCCAUCGCUUCUUCCUCAAGAACCUCAAUCCGAACGAGUAUAAUAAUCGCAUCCUACGCAUCGAACUGCCACAGGUCAAGGGCCAAACUCUCAAGAGUCCCUUGCUAGGCCAUUCCCUGCCUUUACCCACAGCCCCAGCUCACAAUAGCCUGCUCCACUACAGCCUGUACAACGCUCCAGCACACACGAACAUCCACGUGCACUCGCAGGCGAACAGGAAUGCGCUGCAAACGUACUUUACCAGUCCGGCCUUCGGCACGCCCCUGACCACCAAGACGCCGUACAAGUUCGAGAAUACGGGCUUUGUCAACUAUGGCCUACGCAAUCCAUUCACGGCGCUCAAUCAGGGCGAGGCCUUUCCGCCCAGCAAGGCGACACGUGACAACUAUCAGCGUUCCUAUCUGGACACCCUGGUGAGCAGCCCCGUGACCACGCCUGCAGCAGCGCCCACGCCCUACCCUCAAAGCCUUCGCCACAGUGGCUUCUACUAUCCCUAAACGGAUUAUUUUGUA